GCGGGCAGACAGAGCAUCAGCCUCAUUAACAAGAACAAGAACCAUGGGCCAGAAGCUGGAGAAGCCUUCGGAAAAAGAUGAAGAGUCACGCAAUAAUUCGGAAUGUUCUGAGCAAACAGGAGUGACAGAACAGCCCGAGACAAGAGAACAAGGUGAGAGCAGAGAUGAGGAUGAUGAUGGCCGUUUUGGUAGGAUUAGCAGGAUCAGUAUCAGUGGCUCACCGGCUGGGCAUACAGGGGAGCUCACAGUCAAUCCUGCACGUACAGACAACCAAACUGGGCAACCAAUCAGGCCUCUGUGUCAGCCAGAGCACCCUCUCAACACCACAGACAAAUGGGUGGGUGGAGACAGGGAGAGUCUGAGUGUCACUCGAACUGUCGAGGAUUCAAAAACUGUCCUGAACCGUAAAGAGGCGAGACAAACUUCUAACAAGAACCGAGGCUCUGAGAGUAAGGCUGCAGUCUUUACUUGGACUACAGCUAUGGAGGGGCAGGGAUAUGGAAUGAAAUCCGAAACUGGCUGCAGCAAGCUUGGUCCUGACAUUAAAAGCAGGGGUCUGUCAGGGUCAUUUGAUCCCCGUAAUGAAGAGGACUUUGUGGUGCUGGAGAGGGAUGAAACCUGGACAUCUUUCGAUGGAGAAAGCAAUCUUUCAGGUAACAUGAUAACAAGGAAGAAUCUUCAAUCAUCUGCUAAAGGGAGAGUUGAAGAAGACACAUCUGCUCCCUACCUUCCAAAACCUUCCAGGAAUACUCCUCAGGAAAAGGUGUAUGAAAGUAAAAGCAGACGAUUAUCUGACACACUUCUGGUGAUGCCAGACACUGAGGAAACAUGUGCUGGGAGUUCACCCACUGCGUGUUUGCAGAGUGAAAGGGGGCAACAUUUGGCUGAAGUGACAGGCAGCAGGUGUCGGCUAAAAGGAGUCGUUCAUGUUGGAGCUGCCCACACUGAGGCAACUGGGAGAGGAAAGGCAGAGCGAGAACAAGUCAUGAAAGACCAACGCGAGGGGCAAGUUGCUACUCACCAAUCAAAACAAAACAACGGCACUGGUGGUUUGGAAAGCAUGCGUGAUACAGAAGGUUGUUUUGUUACACAGGAAGAGGAACAUGGGGAGAAUUUAGGAUUUAUUGCACAAAAUGUUGAUCAAUCCAACCAAAACAGAUUUGCUGGUGCUGUCUCUAAGAGGGCUAGAGCAGGUAUUAUCAGUUCAAGUGGUAAGAAAGAUGAUGGCCAAGCCUUUGACUCUCGUACCACAAAUGCCAACCCCCCUAGAUCUGAAAGAACACAAGCCCGAGACAAUCCCUCACUUUCAAUGGAUGUUCUGUCACCAGGCAGUGAAGGCUAUGAUGGAAAGAUGCAGAAAGUGAUCUCAAAGACGGAGAAUGAACAUGUCCGCUUGUCUGCUGUCAUCACCCCUCCACCUCAAACUCACCUGUUGCCUAAGAAAGACACAAAAGUGACAACACAACUCGAUAGAGAACAGAUAGUUCCUGAAGCUGUGCCUACCGGUGAUUCUAAGGACGAGCCUAUGCCAAAAGAGAAGCUCAGAGUAAAAGGUCCACCUCCACCUGUUCCCAAAAAACCCAAAAACCCAUUUAUAAAGCUCAAAACUGCACAAUUAUUGUCUACUGAUGUUCAACGAAGAGGAAGAGAUCAUCGUUCUGAGGAGAAGGUCAAGAGAAGGCACACUUUCCAUUUUAACAAAGACCUUAGAUGCAACACAGCAAAAAACCAGGACAUGUGCAUGCUGUGGGACGACAGAGGCCCUUACAUCCCUCCAACCAACACACGCCGGCUCUCUGCUGACCUCGGCCCAUGUCAACGUCUUUCACUUGGACGCAUGGAUGAACAGUACGGAGACAUGAUUGACUAUGACUUCUGUGAACGCAUGGCAAAUCUGUCUCCGGAUGAAGACAUGCAAGACCUUGAUAUGUUGCAGAGAAGGAUAUUCUUCGAGAGACGAUCCAGAAAUAAAAGUUCACCUCCACCUGUCGCGAAAAAGGCCCAAAAUCCGUCUGCAUCCACAGAGGCUCUGCACAUAACAGAGGUUGCCCGGGACCUAGAAAUCCAAAGACUAAAAUCUGCUUGUUUAAGGAAAAGAGAAAUCUGCCCUGAGCCCCCAACUGAGAUAAUCAGCAACAACAGCCAUGCUAACUAUGGUAAAUGUAGAGAUGUCACUGACCAUAGAGCUGACAGGGAUUCAGGCAGUGAGGUGGAUUCUUAUAAGCCCGUGUCAAAACUUAUCAAGGAAAAAAAUCAAAUGCAGAGACUGCAGGGUCGGGUCAAAUCUGAGGCGGUUAAACCUGAGGUUCGAGCGCCAGAGCAGGGUCCAAGUGUGAAAGUAUCCCAGAUGAAGACCGCCUUUGAUGUCCCAAAGAGGUCCAAAGAGAGACAGGCAGAGGUCCAACCAUCUCCAAAGAAAGGCAGUUGCCUUGGGCAAGAACACUCGGAAAAACCAUAG